AUGUCUGACGACGAUGACUUCAUGGCCGACUCCGACCAGGAGCAGUACGACUUCGAGUACGAGGAUGACGACGAGCCGGCCGAUGGUGAUGUCGAUAUUGAGAACAAAUACUACAAUGCGAAGCAGAUGAAAACGGAGGAUCCUGAAGCCGCAAUCGAAGAGUUUCUAGGCGUGCCCAAGCUGGAAGACCAAAAAGGCGACUGGGGCUUCAAGGGUUUGAAGCAGGCUAUCAAGCUUGAGUUCGCCUUGCAGAAAUACGACGACGCUGUGAUUCAUUACAAAGAGUUGUUAACUUAUGUCAAGUCUGCAGUUACACGAAGCUAUUCAGAGAAGUCAAUUAACAACAUGCUGGAUUACAUAGAGAAGACAGCCAACGAUUUCACAGCCUACAGGUGUAUGGAAGAAUUCUACUCCCUCACACUCGAAACCUUCCAAGCUACCAACAACGAGAGACUGGCCCUGAAGACCAAUGUCAAGCUUGCUAAGCUAUAUCUCGACAAAAAGGACUAUUCUUCACUUUCUAGCAAGGUGAGAGAGAUACACAAGGCCUGUCAGCGCGAGGAUGGUCAAGCCGAUCCGGGCAAAGGCACAUAUUCCCUCGAAGCCUAUGCCUUAGAAAUUCAGAUGUACGCAGAAAUGAAGAAUAACAAGAGAUUGAAAGCACUAUAUCAGAAGGCCUUGACAGUACGGUCUGCCGUGCCUCAUCCCAAAGUACAAGGAGUCAUUCGUGAAUGUGGAGGUAAAAUGCACAUGAGCGAAGAGAACUGGAAAGAGGCGCAGAGUGCUUUUUUCGAGUCCUUCAAGAACUACGACGAGGCCGGGUCAAUGCAACGUAUCCAAGUGCUAAAGUACUUGGUACUGACGACCAUGCUCAUGGGCUCCACCAUCAAUCCAUUCGAUUCUCAGGAAACAAAGCCAUAUCGUAACGAUCCCAGGAUAUCUGCAAUGACAGAACUGGUAGAUUCGUACCAGCGAGACGAUGUCCAUCGUUAUGAAGCUAUACUGAAAGAGAAUUCUGAUUUGUUAGAGGACAAAUUCAUCGCAGAGAAUAUCGACGAAGUAAGUCGGACAAUGCGCACGAAAGCCGUGCUCAAACUUGUGGCUCCAUAUUCGCGCUUUACUUUGGCCUUUAUUUCCAAGCACAUCAAAAUUCCAGUCAGCGAGGUUCAAGAUAUCCUUGGUGUAUUGAUUGUUGAGAAGAAGCUUAAGGCCAAAAUUGAUCAAGAGCAUGGGACGGUUAUCGUGGACAAUGCUGAGAACGCCGAACAGAUACAGCGUCUACACGACUGGACCAGCGCUAUGUCUGACUUGUGGUCUACUGUACUGAAUGAUUCCGAGGGCUUCAAGCCUGACGACACGCAAAGUGCUCCAAGUUCCUAUCUCAUGUCGAGUACAUUCGAUGCACCUAUUUCUACCGGGCCACUUCGAACAUCAGGUGGUCGGCUACGUCCUCCGAAAGGCGGCAAAGGUGGUAAAGUAAGUGCUUGGGGCUAG